AUGGCUAUUGGUACCCUCGAAGAGAAGCGAAAAAAGCUUCAAGAGCUGCGAGAACGUCGUAGAGCCGGCCAUGAUCCUCUGUCGAACAAGGCACCGGACGAUUUGGUUCAACAUUUACUGAGGUCGAGCUCUGAGCGAGCACUGAUUGAACAUCCUGAGAUGGUGAGCAUUGGGACUCAAACGGAGGGUUCACAAGACUUAGAACUAAAUCCAAAUUAUAUACCGGAAGCUUUACCGUCGAUAUUAACUUACGAGCGGGCAAUUCAAACAGAUCCCUUGGAUCUGCAAAGUUCGGACGUGGAAUCGGAUUCUGAAACAAGUGUCACGAACUUCGCCGAUAUCAGCGAUGCAAUGCAGAGCGAAAUAGCGGAAGAUUCGACAAUGGAUACACCUGUAAGAUCAGUGGUGCCGCUGGUGAUAGAAGACCAAGCCUUGAGCGUUGGGGUCAAAUCAUUUUCAUUGCUGGAAGCCCUAGAUAAGACGAAGGCAUCCCUGACAGAAAGAGAACUCAAGGACACUCAAUACUUUCGCCUAUCACAUAUUUUAGGAUCCCAUCUGUUGGACGAUAAGAUAACUUCCACAUGCGUAUCACUUGAUUAUUAUUCUGAGCUGGUUCUCGUGAUCCUACAGGAAACGUCUGCUCUUCAAUCACAGACGAUAUUUAACAGUAAAGUGAUUGUUUAUAGGCUCAAAACUGCGGAGCUUGUUGACACCGUGGAGUUUCGGGGCCAAACUUUGCUACGUGGCCAAUUCAUACGACGUAAGCACUCCAAAGUCACGUCCGCCAUCCUCACUUCCUACAAUGGGAAAACCAUCUUGUAUGAAUUGCGAGCCGUGCCUGACACGAAUGGUGUGUUAAAGAUUGAGCGUAACAUUUUGACCCGCAAUUUUCACCACUACCCAGUUUUCGCGGUAUGGCAGCACCAACAACUUGCGGACCCACGCGUGCUAGUGGGAAGUACCGAUGGGAGCAUCAGCGAUAUUGACAUCUUGCGCAUGGAGCUUAACCAUGAUCAGAGUACAGAUUGCCGUGCUCCGCCUCAUUUCAAGGUCUUACCUGUAUCAACGUCCUCCAUUUUACUGUCAGAAGAGCAGGAAGAGCAUUUCAGCACAGAAUCGGAAAAGCUGCUUCAGAACCAACUGGAAAAACAGGCUGCCUACGACGAAGUUGCCAUUACCUCGAUUAUAACUAUGCCCGAGGACCCCACAUUAGUUUACAUUGGAUGUGAAGAUGGUGGGAUUUACAAAGUCAACCUGGACAAAAUUUCCACGGGCGCAGAUAGUGUGGUGAUUGACAAGAGAAACAAUGGCUUUGUGCCUAAAAAUGUGAAAUCUCUCGAUGGUCUACCGCUUUUUCACUCUUUGCCUGUCACUGGUCUCUACUCGUGCGAGUUUGCUCCAAAUCUAAUGGUCUCCGCUGCCAUGGAUUGGGAGUGUAAGAUAUGGGACGUUUUCCACAAUGAGUUGCUGGCAACCAUUGAAUUAGAAUACCCGGCCCUACAUUGUGUAUGGCUAAGCGGUACAGAUGCGUAUGCUCUGGUUGUUCUGACUCCUCUCGCAUUGACGAUUUACAACCCCAUGCUCACACCCAACUACUGUGAGCGAGAAACUGUUUUUUGGACUCACGACAGAAAGCCUGUGGAGAUGUUCAGCGUCAGCGUCGAUCGCUGUGAACAGUUAACAUCAUUCUCUAGCGUUACGAUAUUUCAGGAGCAAGCGAAGUAUUUCGCAGUAUUGGGCGGUGACUCACAUCUACAGGUUAGCGUAGAACUUCAAUUAGACAUUUAG